AAACGAAUUAAAAAAAAUUAAAUAAAUAUCCCCGCAUGCUGAAAAAGAUCAUAAAUGGAUCAAAUCAAAACAUACCGAAUGUUUAUUGCGUGUGGUUUGGCUAACUUGGGAUAUUUAAUACUUGGAAUUUGUAUUGCGUGGACAUCACCUAUGACCCCAAGGCUGAGAGAACACACUGAUGAUAGCCCAUUGACUGAUAAAAUUAGUGAUUCUCAAGACGGUUGGAUAAGUUCACUUUUGUCUGUCGGUGCUAUAAUUGGUUGUCCUAUUGCCGGACCACUGUAUGAUAGAAUUGGACGAAAAUGGACACUCCUAUCAAGCUCGUUUCUAUUUGCUGCUUCAUUUGUUCUGCUGAUAUUAGGCAACAAUAUUUGGUUUAUAUACGUAGCUCGAGUAUUACAGGGAAUAGGAUGUGGACUUGUUAAUACUACUUCACCAAUAUACAAUGCUGAAACGGCCACUGACAACCUACGAGGAGCUAUCGGAAGUCUCAUGACAAUUCUUAUGAUUGGUGGAAUUCUUUUUGUCUACUGUAUUGGUCCUUAUGUGCGUUACGUCACGUUACAGUGGUUCUGCUUGGCUACUCCGAUUAUCUUCUUUGUGACAUUCAUUUUUAUGCCUGAGUCACCAUACUAUUAUGCACUUAAAAACCAGAGUCAAAAAGGCAUAAAAUCACUUCAGUUCCUACGAGGUCAAUCUCCGAAGACAGCUGAAGAAGAAAUGUCAAGAAUUCAGAAAGCAGUAGAUGAAGAUAUGUCAAAUAAGGGCAACAUCAGUGAGAUAUUAAAAAAUCGUGCCUACAAGAAGGCGUUUGUCAUUUGCAUUGGUCUGCUAACAUUCCAACAGUUUAGUGGCACAACAGCAGUGACUUUCAAUAGUCAAUCAAUUUUUACCAGUGCUCAAUCGAACUUGGAUCCUGCUAUUGCCACAAUCAUAAUGGGUUUAGUACAACUUGUUGCCAAUUUGAUCACUCCAUUUGUAGUUGAUCGUGCUGGCCGAAAGAUAAUUCUUAUGAUUGCAGCUUUGGGAAUGUGUUUGUCUCUAGCUGCACUGGGGACAUUCUUUUAUAUUCAAAAAUUUGGCGAUGCCUCGAAUAUUCUGUGGAUACCCAUUCCAGCUCUUUCAAUUUUCUAUGCCAUGUAUGCAUUUGGAUUUGGACCAAUUCCAUCAAUCAUAAUGGGAGAAAUUCUUCCAUCAAAUAUUAAAUCAACAGUAUCAUCAUCUGCAACAACAUUUCACUGGGUGGCACAAUUUAUGGUGACUCGUUGGUAUCCAGAAUUAAAUGCUUUAGGUUCAUAUAUAGCUUUUUGGAUGUUUGGAGGAUUUUGUGCGGCAGCUUUUUUCUUUGUUCAUUUUGUUGUAGUAGAAACCAAAGGACUGAGUUUACAAAGGAUUCAAGAGAAACUGUAUGCUGCUUAA